AUGGGGAGGGUGAAGCUGAAGAUCAAGAAGCUGGAGAACAUCAGCGGGCGGCACGUGACCUACUCGAAGCGGCGGUCGGGGAUCCUGAAGAAGGCCAAGGAGCUCUCCAUACUCUGCGACAUCGACCUCAUCCUCCUCAUGUUCUCCCCCAGCGGGAGGCCCACCAUAUGCGUCGGCGACAGAAGCAACUUGGAGGAAGUCAUAGCAAAAUAUGCACAACAAACUCCUCAGGAAAGGGCUAAAAGGAAGCUGGAGAGCUUAGAAGCCCUAAAGAAGACUUUCAAAAAACUGGACCAUGAUGUCAAUAUUCAAGACUUCUUAGGCUCCGGGGGUCAGACGGUCGAGGAAUUAGCGAGCCAUCUUGGCGCUUUGCAAUGUCAAAUGGCAGAUGUUCAAAAGCGUCUCAGUUAUUGGAGCGAACCUGAGAAGGUUGAGAAUAUUGACCACAUAAGAGCGAUGGAGCAGUCUCUCAAAGAAUCUCUUAAUCGCAUCGGCAUUCAUAAGGAAAACUUUGCAAAGCAGCAUCUAAUGGGCCUACAGUGUGCUGCUGCUCAGUUCCAGAAUGACAUGCAACUGCCUCUGGGGAUACCCGGUGACCCGAACUCUUCGUCGUGGUUCCACAGCAGCAGCAACAGUGAUGGGCAGCAAACCAUGAUGCUACCUGACGAAGCCGGCUUGCAAAGGUACCCAGGCUACUUCAGCAUGAGCAAGCAGUCCACAGAAACCGGGGGAGAGCAACACCAGCACCAGCAGCAGGCAGCGGUGGCGGCGCAACACCAGCCGGAGUUCAGCCAGCAGGCGGCCGAUUGCCUGACAUCGUUGCACCUGACGGGGCAAUUCCCCUACCAGUCUUCAUUUGACCAUACGAGCUUGCUCAAUGAUAGGCUUUUCAGACCGGACAUGGAGCUGCACGUUGACAAUGCUUCUGCUGCAAUGGACUUUGGCGGCCACUACAACCACUUGCCGAGGCCCGGGGACGAGGCCAGUUUCCAAAACUGGGCCUCGGCGACAUGCGGCGUCACCAUGUACGACCACCAGCAGCAACCAGCAUCUGCCCAACUUAUUGUUCAGAACAUGACUGAAUCUCUGACCGUCGGCUCCAUACAACAACAACUUUAA